UCGUAGCUUUAGUACAAUGUCUACGCCGUAGCGACGUCUCAUAGGACAAUAGCGACGCGCCGGCAAAUUGUGACGUUUUGUUAUUUUUUGUUUGAUGUGAAUAAAAGCGACUCUUUGUGACAUCCACUGAUAAAGAACGUAGUACAAUGAGGACGCUCGCUGUAAACGAACUUGUUUGUAUUAUGAAAAUUGACUAAGAAUUUGGACAAUUUAGUGCAACUAAGGAUGUAAACGAAACAGGAAAGAUUUCGUUGUUAACCAAAAUUGUUUUAGAUUAUUUUGACGAUGUGACGUUAGUGUUGGUGAAUAUAAUAUAAUAAUUAUUAUAAUACAAUAAACAUUCUUAUGCGAGGUAAUAUUGUCAUGGAGUUUUCUAAUUCGUUCAUACAGUUGCUGUAUUGAGGUACCAAACCGAUAGAUUAACCGGCCAAAGUAAAAUGUUGUGACAUAUGUAUUAGCCUGCAUAAUAAUUGAAGGCUUACAAAAAUGUGUUCCAUAAAAAGAUUCGACAAUGUGACUAGUAAUAGAACCUUUCUGUUCAUUAUUGUGCUAUUAUCUCUGAAAUUGUGUAGUCCUCAGGACCUGAGUGAGGAAUUUGUAAAUGAGGACAGUGUCGAAACGAUGUCAGAUUUGGGUAUGGUGGUGCCAGUGAAAAAAGUGAAAAUGACAAGAAACGUUGUGGGGCCAUGUAGACUAAGUGAACUACUUUGUGAUACAGGGCAGUGUAUUUCAUUGGACAAGUAUUGUAAUGGCGAGGACGAUUGUGGUGACAAGAGCGAUGAACCCAAAUCGUGCACACCAUGUAAUAGAACAUAUAUGGGUGAUGUCGGCCGCACAUAUGAAUUAGAAGUACGACGGCCACGUGAAGACCAUCUUCCAUUCGUAUGUCAUCUUAAUUUUACGGCACCUGGAGGCAAUUACGGAGAUAUAAUACAGUUGACAUUCGACACUUUCACCGUGGGCAAAUUUGUGUCGUUCACAUCAGAUGGGUGUCCGGAUGGACACAUGACUAUAGUAGAAAGAAGUCCAUCGCCCCCCACUGGACAGUGGUGUGGGUCUGCGUGGGGGUACACCGUAUAUUUUAGUGAAUCCGACUCUAUUAACAUGACACUCAGAUUAGAUAGAUUGAGCCAACAGGGUGUGGGAUACAAUUUCGACUUCAAGUUGGCUUACAAGUUUCUAAGACGGAGUGAAGCGCGGUUGCGGUAUGGAAACGCGACAGUGGGGGCGUGGAGGGGAGAACGGGUACCAGGGACAUACUGUGACCGCAUACUGAGUGACUGCGAUCUACGUGCGUGUCGCAUUCAGUCACCUAACUUCCCUGGUGUCUAUCCGAGAAAUGCUACUUGUACAUACCGCAUUGAGCAUACUAAGAUACCAGCGGAUAAACAUGUUUUACUAAUAGUGAGGCAGACAAACAGCCAUAAAAUACAUAUCAAAGACCAAAUAGUAAAGUACGAUAGAAGUCAACGUGUGUUAAAGAUAUGGGACCAAUGCAACGUAGUGCAAGAUUAUCUGACAGUUUGGGAUGGUGCUACGCGGGAAUCACCGGUAUUGGUGCGCCUUUGUGGUGGAGAUGCUGUCCCGGAUAUCAUCAGUCGAGGUCCCAACAUGCUACUGGAGUUUCAUACAUCACCAUACGAUAAUCCUUUCCACCCAGUUCCUCUGAGCUACCUUCCUGGAUUUGAACUGGAAGUACAGGUGCUGUACGUAGACAAAGAUUCACAUUCGUACGUGCGUCCCGACGGACGGUGUCGUUUUGUUUUGCGCUCCUCAGACAAAACGAGUGGAGUAUUAAGAAACCCACGACACUCGCUACCACCGAACACUUCGUGUGUAUAUUACUUUCAGGGUCGGCCGAAUGAAAUAGUGUGGGUAUCUUUCGUGAAAUACCAUUCAGCGGGUACGGAACCCGCUGGGUUUGAUCAGCAGAAGGACUGUUCGUCUCAGCUCACUAUAUGGGACGGAGCCGCACCUGACGCGGACCUUGACAGGAAGUUGGACAUGAGCGACAAAAAAUCGCUUCUCGGAUCGUUUUGUCGCGAAGAAUCGCCAAGAUUAUGCGACCACGCUUUGUUAUCGAAUGCAACAAGGGCGACCAGACCAUGUGCACCGUCAGAGAGUUAUAUCACUACCGGGCCAGCUUUAACUAUCCUACAGGAACUUCGACAAGGCUCAGCACUAUAUCCUGUAUCUUUUUUACUUCGCUACGAAUUUGUUGACGUAAGCGAGCAAGGACAGCCAUUAGUCGACUCUCAAUCAGCCUGCGACAGAGUUUUCAAAUCUGCUCAAACUUACUCAGGAAGGUUCCAAGCUCCCAGAGCAAUAUUCUAUUAUGGACGAGGUGGUGCACAGAAUAUUACUUGCAUCUUAAGAUUUGAAGCAAAGCAAGGCGAAAGAAUUCAACUUACUUUCACGAGUACUUAUUUUGGAAAUAAAUAUUGUAAUACACAUAAAGAUCCACGAACUGGUCGCUGGGAAUGUGACAGGCCUUCAAAAAGAACUAUAGGAGGUGAAGGACUUGCUCAAAUUAUCAUUACUGAAAUUCCAUGGGAAGGGGUGCCUAUACGGAGAGACUGUCUUUGUACAAAUCGAUCUGAACCUAUAAAUAUACAUACUCUCACUGCUCCAGUUGUUGAAGUUAAUUUCACAGUAACUAUGAUGAAUAUAACCGAAGAUUAUGAUGACUUUGCUUUUGAAGGUGAAUAUAAAUUUAUUCCUACUGGACCCGGUGAUGAAACUGUCUGUUCUUCUGGUUGGGGUGAAAGACGACUUAGAGGAAGUAGUGGAGAAAUCCGACUUUUCGACAAAAGACAAAUUUCAAUUGCUCCAGAAAUUGUUGGUGAUAGAAACGUAAUAUCAGAAAGCGUUAGAGCUGAAGUUGCUUGCGUUCAUAGACCGUGGCUCAUAGAGCCAGGAGGUGAUGAAGUUGACCCAAUACAAGGUAGAUAUCUGUACGUGAAAAUUCCUGGAUAUGAUGUGACAUCAACAUCACCAUUCUGUUCUACCCCUAAUAGAUUAUUUAUUUAUGAAGCCAGAGAUACUUCUCGAGUACGAGAAAUCUGUCCUGAUACCGUUAACUUUAUAGAAUUAUUUUCACCUGGAUGGAAAUCAUCACAAGCACCUCUAGAAUCAUCAUUGAAACCCCAUGCUAGGAGCUAUGUUAUAGAUUUCUUGCAACAUGAACAAGCGGAUUACUCGAUUAAGUGGAUAGAAUUGAUGAAGAAACCAGUCUUUGAGCCAGAUCCAGAAUCCAAUCUCCUGCCAUCAUCAAUAUCACUUGAAUGUCGAUAUAGCUGUCCUGAACUGAAUGCUUGCAUACCUCUGGCAUUGUGGUGUGAUGGAAGUGCUCACUGCCCUUCAGGCUAUGAUGAAGACGAUUCUAAUUGCUCAUUUAGGAUAUCUUUGCCGCCGCCAUAUGUGGCAGCAGCUGCAGGUGUUGGUCUUCUUAUUUGCGCUGUGACAGUAGCUCUAUGUGCAUGUCGAAGGCGUCGAAGAAAAGAUAAAGAGUUUAAGGCAAGAUUAGAUGGUGCAUUGCCUCCAGAAGAAAGGCCUUUUGAUCGUGCUAAAGCCAAUGGUGUACCCGAACCAUCUCAGCAGUACGCCACAGUACAAAAGUAUGCAACAAUAGAUAAGUACAGUUUAAGCCAAAAGUAUAGUGCUGGUUUGAACGAUGCAAGAUACUACGAUGAGGUAGCACAAAGGGAUAAACUCGCAGAUACUAGAUAUGCUAGCUUAGGUCGAGCAGGUCGAGGUGCGAGAUUUGAAAAUUCUAGAGGUAAUGGUUCUCGUAGAGCUAUGCCCGACUUGGGUUACCCUGAUCUUAAAGAUGGUUUCUGUUGACCCUCUCCCGAUCUUCUAGAAACAACUGUAUAGCAAUUUGUGUAAUUCGGACGUUUUCCGAAGAAAAAAAAUACUUGAUUAUUUUAACAUUAGAAUGAAGACUGAAUUUGGCAAAAGUGCCUGCCUAACAUUUUUGGUCAAAUCCGUAGAAAUUGACGAACUUAAAAAUGGACUGUUAAAAACACAUUUUUUAGCUUUGUUUGUAUCUCAUUGAUUAUAGCCUAUAGUACCUACAUAUAAAGAAUAUGAACAAUCUACAUAUUGGUUCCAAAACAAGUUUUAGAUUCCGAUAAAGAAAUAUAAACAAGUCUCACGAAGGUUAUCCCACCAACUAACAUAUCUUAUGUACAUAAUUGCUUGACAAUACGAUUUUAAGGUACAAUAUAAAUCAUAUUAAAAGUGUGUUAGUGAAAUGAGUGGUAAGUGUUCUAACUCUACCUACUUUGAUAUGGAACUUGAUCUAAGUUUGUGAUUUAAAGAAAAAAAAAUCAAUUGUGUAAAUUCUCAAAUCGCUACAGAACAGUAAUGUCUAAUUUUAUGUGAGUAAUAUUAACUUAUCUAUUAAACAUUCUAGAUAUAAGAAGAAAAUGUGAUAUAGGUUGUAAAAAUAGUAGAUAAGCGUUCACGAACUGUAUAACUAAACUUAGAUAAAAUGAUUUUCCUUUUGUGUAUAAAAAAAAAACGGUAAUGAUGUAUCUAAUAGUGGUUGUAUAUAAAUUAUCGAUUAGGAUUUUUAAAGUCUGUAAUUAUUUCCAGGUAAACGGAAAAUUAAAGUCAUUUC